UCAAAUCGGCAGCACUUGAGCGCGAACCAAAUCCUAAUCCCUAUUCCGAAAGCAUAAACCCAAUCCCUAUUUCCCAGAUCGCCAAUCCAGAUUCCCAAUCCCUAGUCGCCUUUGUUGAGCUGCCGCCAAUCCUUCGCCUCACCUAACGGUUCCUAUAAGAUCUAACUCAAGUUCUUCACUUAAAAUUGGGAUGUGCCUCGUCCCCAUGAUAAUUCUCACUGCAACUUCGACUCGAAGCUGGCGCUGAUGAAGGCGGUGGAUAGAGAGGAGUUGGACGGGAUGCCGAGCAGGAGGUCGGCGGAGACGGUGGGCGAGGUUAGGGCGAGGUUGGGGGAUCUGGCGGCGAAGGGGAGAAGGCUCAGGUCAGGCUGGCAAGGUGGCGGGAUCCAUUGGCCGACGAGGAUUUGUGUUGGAUUGUGCUUUGUGGUGGCGAUGAUUUCAUUAUUCUUCUUCUUAUUCUUCUUCUUGUCGUUUUUGCCGUCGGAGGAAGCUUGGUGACUAUGGGGGAAUUGGGCUUUACUUGAGCUUUUUAAUUGAAUCAAAUAUGUGGAGAGGAAGAAGAAUACGAGUGGAAAAUUUCCCCCUGUUGAGCUGCAUCCUUAUUUUAGUUUAGGUCUGAUUCUUUGUGGAUCAGAGGGCGGGGUCGGAGGAGAAAGUUACAAGAAGCAAAUCGGGGAGAAGAAGCAAAUUGGGGGAUUUUUAAAUAUUUUUAAUUAAUUUUAUGAUGUGUAUUUAUUAAAUAAAAAUUCAAUUAUGAC